UCUAGUUUACACAAUUCCCCUUGUUAUACCCUGCAUUUUGUUGGUUGCAGUUGUUAAAUUAUGGGGACGCUAUGCUGUAAAAGAAUCCCACGUAGCAGACGAGAGAUUAAGACAACUUUCCCUGCCUGAUGGGAGCAUGGGGUUACCAGUCAUCGGCGAAAGCAUCGAUUUUGUACGCGAUACGCAAAAAUUUUUCAUCACUCGGAGAGCUAAAUAUGGUGGCAUUUUCAAGACCCAUAUCUUGGGGCGUCCUACCAUUUUUGUGUCUGGCGCUGACAACAUUCGGACGGUUCUUCUUGGAGAGUAUAAUCUGGUGACUUUUAAAUGGCCAAAGACCCUGCACAAGAUUCUAGGGGACUUUGCUAUUGCAAUGUCGUCUGGAGAUCAACAUCGCUGGCGCAGAAGACAAACCAUGGAGUUUUUUAAAACAGAAAACAUUGUUCAAAACGGGUAUGUGGAUCGAAUCCAGAACUUUGUCCAGGAGAAGCUAGAUAGCUGGUGUAAGUCAUCUAUGGGGGGCAAGAAUAUCAUUGUGUACACAGAAUGCAAAGAGAUGAUGUUUAGAAUCGCUGGCAAUGUCUUGCUUGGUUUUGACUUUACCGACAAUGAAGCUACCUAUUUGACUGGAAUAUUCCAGGAUGUUGUAGACCACUCCCUAAGCUAUCCGGUAUAUUUCCCGGGAUCAGGGUUAUGGAAGGCCUUAAAAGCGCGCGACAUCAUUGCGGAAAAAAUCACGAAACGAAUUCGUCAGAAAAUAAAAUCGAGGAAGUCAGGAGAUGAACCAAAUCAUUAUGACGUGCUGUCAUUCAUGAUGGAUAAAACAAAGCCAAAUGGAGAAAAAUUUACAGAGGAAGAGAUGAAGAUGGCUGCAUUUGAACUUUUGUUUGCAGCUCAUGAGAAUCCAGCUAGUGCCGCAUGUUCUCUCAUCCGGUUCUUGGGAACCCAUCCAGAUGUUUUACGCAAGCUCCGCCAGGAACUGCAAGCCAACAACCUGCUUGAUAGCUGCAAUCAGCUCAACUAUCAUACUGUCCAGCGUAUGCCGUAUGUUGAACAAAUUGUUAAAGAGACGCUUCGCUUGGCACCACCAAUUACUGGUGGAUUCCGUAAAGCGUUAAAGCCAUUCAACGUUGGAGGCUAUCGAAUCCCGAAAGGUUGGACCGUGCUUUACAGUAUCAAGGACACCCAUAUGAAUGCUGAUAUCUUCACAGACAAACGUCAGUUCGAUCCCGAAAGGUUUAACGAGCAGCGAGCCGAGGACAAGAAAAACAGGUCGCACUACCUGCCAUUUGGUGGCGGUCCUCGUACAUGCGCUGGUCAGUCUUUUGCACUCAUCUCUUUGAAGAUCUUGACAAUAUGCUUGGCGCGGUCAUGUAGCUGGGAGAUUCAGAACCCGGGAAAUAUCAAGAUAAAGCAACUACCUGUUCCGCAUCCCAGAUGCGGAAUGCCGAGUAAGUUCACCGCCCAAAGCUUUAAUAUCAGCAGUGAAACCUACUAAUAUGUGCUGAUGAAAAAUUAAAAAAAAAAAGUAGUGUGUAUGUGGAUUAGUAGUAUGUAAAAAUAUUUCUAUCGUCAUUUUGUUCAUAGCACCAGACUGCAUGGUCUCCAGACUUGUCUUCCUUUAAAAGAAUUUUAAUUGUAUUUUGUGUUCACCCAAAGGUGUAAUGUGUACAUUAUAUGUACUAAAAUGUUUUUAUUUGGAGAGCUUAGCUCAAGUACUCAAAGUAAUUACAUGUGUUUAUUAAAUAUUAGUAAUAUUGGCAGUAAUGUUCAAAUGUGUUGAUGAAUCCAUCUAUUUAAAAAAAAAAGAAUUAUAGCACCAUUAUGAUUAACUUCGUUCAAAUGUAUUACUGUAUUUUACCAAUGGGCAGUAAUAAUAUUUAAUGACAUUAAUGACUCUCUUAUUAAAGGGAGCUCCAAUGAAAGAACACCUCUAAGUAGCCCAUCAUUCUGCAGUCCCAAAUGAAUGCCUAAUCUUAUAUCUGUUUGAUAAUAUUUUUUUCUAAUUAAAGACCAAAGCUGCUAAAGACCAUGAAAACCCCAGUCCUAAAUGGUCUUUAAUUGAAGGGAUGGAGAUCUGUAUGUAUAUAAUGAUAAAAAUAACAUGCCCCCCACCCCUCCUCCUCUUAAUUUUUCAAAAUUAAAAAAUGGAGAAAAAUUUCAGUCUGAGAGUGCCAUUUCCAACCCUCUAAAGGUGCCAUAAUCAUAAUUUUCUUUUCUCAGCCCCAACAAUGCUGGGGCUGAGGUGGGUGUAUCCUCUAUACGUAAAGGUCUCGUUAAGUCUGCAAAAUGUAUGAACUUUGUAUUGUUAACAUAAAUGAUAAGAAUAAUGAUAAUAAUGAACAAAUCAUUAAUGAGCAUUAUGUCUAGCUGUACAUACCUUCAGUUUUGCUGCUGUACUUGUUUUAUUAUCAACCUGGAUAAUCUCUACCAUAGUGUGCAGACUGGCCUAUUCCUUUGGGAGUGUUUAUAAUCUCUAUACCGGAUGCACCUCUUUAUAUACUGUAAUACUAUUCAACAUAAGAAUGUUAACCCGCUGUGCGCUUUUAACUUGCAUUAGGCAAGAGUUUUUUUAAAUUCUUGUUUAGCGAACCUGCCAACUGCAAAUAUUGAUGAUUUCAAAUAAAAAUAAAAUUUUAUUUUUUUCCAAUUAGCACACCUGCCGGCAUGUAAAAGUGGAAAUUUUAGAAAAAAAAUAAAAUGUUUUCUUUAUUUUUAUUACGCCCUCAGCUGCCUUAAAAUAACCAAAGAUAAUAUAUGUAUAUUUCUUCCUAAUUAUAUAAAUUUGAAGCAUUUAAACCAUCCUAUUUUACAUUCACCAAUAAAAUUUUAUU